GCGAUUCUGGGAGAUCGAGCCCGCAAGAUGGCGGUGCGAGCAGCGUUCGGUGCUGUGUGUCGGCGUUUUUGGCAGGGUUCAGGGAAUUUUCCUGUAAAGAGUUCUGAGAGCUGUAUAGCCAAAAAUGGUGGCUUUCUCCUCAGCACCAAUAUGAAGUGGGUACAGUUUUCAAACCUACACAUUGAUGUUCCCAAGGAUUUGACUAAGCCUGUGAUAACCGUUUCUGAUGAACCAGACACAUUAUAUAAGCGCCUGUCAGUUUUAGUAAAAGGCCAUGAUAAGGCAGUAUUGGACAGUUAUGAAUAUUUUGUCAUGCUUGCUGCUAAAGAACUUGGUAUCUCUAUUAAAGUACACGAACCUCCAAGGAAAAUAGAGCGAUUUACUCUUCUCAAAUCAGUGCAUAUUUUCAAGAAGCACAGAGUUCAGUAUGAAAUGAGAACACUUUACAGAUGUUUUGAGUUAGAACAUCUAACUGGAAGCACAGCAGAUGUCUACUUGGAAUAUAUUCAGCGAAACUUACCUGAGGGAGUUGCCAUGGAGGUUACAAAGACAAAAUUAGAGCGGUUACCAGAACACAUCAAGGAGCCAAUCUGGGAAACAGUACCAGAAGAAAAAGAAGCAAGCAAGCCAUAAAGGCUCCAAGAGGCCAUUUAUGCCUUGAGUUUGAAAUGAGGGUGGGCCAGAUGUGCAUGUUUAAAUGAACAUUGUUUCCAGCUGAGACAAUUUUGAAUCCACCUAACUACUCUGUUGAGUCUACAUGCUCUAAUCAGUGGAGAGCAGGGAAUAUAACUUUAAUGAUAGACUACAGUGAAAUAACUAUUUUAUCUAUUCUUUUAUACAUCAUUGUUUCAGAUCUGAUUUUAACAAACGUGAACAAACCAUUGGACUACUAUGAGCCAAAAAAAAAGAAUAAAAUUUGUAUUUUGUUAGACUGCUACUGUUCAAUUACUGGUUGUACAGAUUUUAAUUUAUAUCUGUUUAUUCAUCUGAUAGUGUUUGAAGUACUUCUAACAUGUAUAUUUUUUUCUUUUGAGGUUCUUGGGAGGAAACAAUUAAAGUUGUUGAUAUAUCCCUUCCUGGCAGACUAGCAUAUGCUAAUUUGGGGGUGGAGACUUCUAAAUUUUACCUCAUUUAAGCAUUAAAUUCUUGAAAGUGAAUAUACUUUGUGGCACAUUGAGCACAUUUGUGGCAUACACUGAACUCUUGUAGCCCAGACCCUUACAGGACUGCCUAAAAGGGUCACUAUAAUAGAGUUUUAGAUCUACAGAAAUUAUGACUUGUAUAAUUUCAUUCAUUCAACAAGAUUUUUAUUUUGUAUACUUUAUUCCCAGCACAGUAGUAAAAUAUCAAAAAUUGUUAGAAGUAAUGGCUUUUGAAAAUUGUGCCGGGCACAGAUAAAUAUUUUUCCUUAUUAAGGUCUUCACUGAUAAGAAGGUCUCUUUAUUUUGGUAAAUGAUGCUCUUUUUGUAUGGAGAGGUCUACUUUUCCAUGAAAUGCAACAGUAGUUAAAGCACUGAAAGAGGAAAGACUACAAUGGGCUGGAACAGUUGGUAUUUCAAGCCCAAGGGAGUGAUUUGUUUCCUUUUUACAGCAGAAUUAGGGCCAUGCCUUUUGUGGUUUCCUUCACAUCUUUGAGUAGUUACGAUUUCUCAGUUUUUCCCUCCUUAAACUGGAUUGUCUGCUCUCUUUUCCUGACCUACUAUCAGGUGUCAGUGUUUUGAAUACAUACUGCUUAUGUAUCAGACUCAUAUUACUGUCAUUAACAUGAAAAGAAUUACA